AUGGACCGAACAGGAGAUAAGUCCAACGCCUAUUUCGACAUCCCCUGCAACUCCAAAGCCUUCUCUACGCUGCUCCUCAACGUCUCGACAUUCGCCCCCCAUCACCCUCAAGCGACCCGCGACCCUCUUGAACACCCUCGCGAAUUCCCCAAGGGGGACACUGUGCAGCCUGCGUGGACGAGGCGUUUGGCUAUUGCGGAGCCCAUUGCUCCUGCUGAGACGACGGCGAUGGUUGACAUUGGUAUUUAUCCCGACAUCCGAUAUCGAAAUGAACAAUCACACCCUGACCUUGUUGUGAGCAACGUCAGCAGAGUAUUGAUCGAUUUCCUUCGAUUUUUUGCGAGAAUAUAUGACCUUCGGGUUGGUCUUGCGGCCGUCCGUGCUGCUCUUGCUUCAAAUUUGGCUGGUGAUGAUCUCAAGCUAAAAGCGAAGGAUAUGGGCUGCACAGAUGCAUUGGGCUUGCAUAAAACCGAAGAAGACGCCCGGCGGUACUUCGAGGACGUGGCGGAGCAUCUUGGUGUCCUAUCAGGUAUGAUAGAGAAGGAAUUCGAACCGACUGCUCAAGAACUCGAGCUUCAACUCUCUUAUGGACAUAUUGCUUUCGACUUGCUCAAAUGCUACUUUGAGUGUGGUGUCAAGUACUAUAUUCUGCAGAAGGAUGACUUGGCCGGAUUCACGCUCAGUGACACAUACCAAGACUCAACAUUUUUUGGCCUAGAUGGCGAGACAACGAGGUGGGACGGACACAAAUACAUCAACGAGAAAAAUACUUUCUCAAUUCCAAAAUACGAUGGAACGGUAGAACUGUCAAAGCUGUCUUGCAAAAUCAUGACAGACGACAUACGCGCCAAGCUAAUUGCCCGAGGGAAUCUGUAUAGAUCAUUUUCUGGUGGUUUCCAUCACAAGUCUUGUAUGUUUCACCCAUUCUACGUUGCCAUCGGACUGAUAACUAGUCGAAUCGUCAUCGAUGAGCGUGCAUUCAAUGAGAGCCAGGGCUAUACAUGUAACCCGUAUGAGAUCAUUACUUUCGCUUCUAGAACAUGUGUUAACAUCGUCCCAGAGACGAGAAGAUCCCUGACGUUCCUGAGGGGGGAACAUGAUCAACUUCCGGCUUUUGUGAAUGGUUUCGAACUCAAGAGCAAACAAUGGAAAUCAUUCCACGUUGAAAACAUUGAUGACAUCAGGUUUGACGAGAAAACCUGGGACCACUUGGUUGUAGACGAUGACGUUAAAAGCCUGAUCAGGGGACUUGUCGAUGUUACUAAGAAUGUCAACACAUCGCAGCAUCUUAUAUCGGACGUCAUCACAGGUAAAGGUGGAGGUUUGAUUGCGUUACUUAAUGGGCCUCCUGGAACUGGAAAGACGCUUACAGCUGAAGCCGUCGCUAAACACCUCCAGAGGCCUUUGUACAUCGUCAGCUCUCCGGAAUUGUCAACAGAGCCUUCAAAGCUGGAAUCUAAGGUGUCGGAGAUAUUGAAGUUGGCUACCGCAUGGGACGCCGUAGUUCUUAUCGACGAAGCUGGCCUGGAAUGCAACGCACUGGUUUCUGUUGCAUUAAAGGUCUUUCAGUACCACCGCGGUGUGCUCUUCUUGACAACAAAUCGCAUUCAAACGUUUGAUGACGCCUUUCUUUCGAGGUUCUCCAUCGCGAUCAAAUAUCCUGAGUUAGAUGCCUCGGCCCGGCUUACGAUCUGGCAAAAGUUCUUCGAGCUUGCUGGGUGUCCUUUGUGGGGCUCAGAGUCUGAAGAGUUCGUCGACGUCGACGGCAAAGAGCCACGCUGCUAUGUUUCCCUCUCAGAUUUGGAGGUAUUGGCGCAAAAACCGUUCAAUGGACGCACCAUCAAGAACCUUGUCCGGACCGCCCAGGCGUUAGCACUCUCUGCGAAGGAACCGCUUUCCCUCGACCAUAUCAAGGUGGUUGUCCGCGCGCAAGAGAAAUUUUUGACGGAGUUUGCGCAAAUCCGCUCUUAG